UAUCGGUACACUGGUACCGUGAUAAGAAUUUGUACCUGCCUUAAUAUUUUCAUUCGUCACCGCGGCUGUCCGCCACCCGCGUAUCGCUGCCUCCGACCCCUAUCGUUUUCGUGCGCCGUCCACUCUAUGCCGGAAUUCGCGUGCCGCGUCCGUUCCCGUCGCUUUUCAUUUGCGUUCCAUUGUCGCAUUUCACCCGUCUUCUAGACGCAUCUCGCACACUCGUCGAACUGCCCUACCCCACCGCCCGUGUACGCGCCGUCCAUCGAUCCCGUUCUUUCCGCGUCGCUGUUAAAAUGGCGUCGAGUGAGAAUCCUUCGUUGGUUCAAUCGAUCGUUAGCUACAGACCGCCACCGGUAAACCAAGAAUCGGCGAAACAUUUUUAUUUCCCGGCGUUCGGCGCAUUCAACUACUCGCUUUUGUCGAUCAACGUAAUGAACCCCGGACUCAUACAGAGGUAGAGUAGCUAACAGACAAUCAAUAAACAUAAUAUUUUCACGAGAAUAAAAAUAAUUAACAAUGUUCUUGGUGUUAUUCAGAGUGUUGCCCAAACCGGAACUCACAAAUAUUUUCUUAGUGAACUCUUGUCUGGGAUCUGCCCUAUACAUUUAUGGACGCCCGCAUCUCAGUGAAGCACCUCUCAAAGAUCGCAUUGUAUUUAGGUAAAACCAGAACCAUUUCGCUAUGGCAUUACUUACUGCAAACAUUGUCAUCGAUAAUAAUUAAAUAUUUUCAAAUGUUUAGCGUGUACGGAGCUGUUUUGUUCAACAUGGGGUCGGUAUUGACGUGGGCUAUUCUACGUAGUUUAUUGCCGAAUAACUCGAGUCUAGCUACAUUUGCUGGUUUAGUUUCAGGUUACGCGUUAACAGCCUUUGGCGUUAAUUACCUGAGUUACAACGAUAAAAUUGUUAAAGCAAACAAAAAGUAGAUACCUACAUUUUUUUUUUUUUUAGCAAUGUCAUUAAUACCUAUUAGUUGAAAUUUACUGUGUACGCCUUAGUGGAAAUUAAAUUCCUAACAUUGUACGGAACUACUGAGGGAUUUUUUUUAAAAUUAUUAUUAUUAUAUUAUCAUUAUUUGUACUAUUUAAAUUUCUGUUUUUGUUUUUUGUAUUUAUAAAAAUAAUGGUUUUUAAUUAUUUUUUAAUAACUUAUUCGUUGCUAUUAUAACAUUAAUAUUCUUCAAAUUAAUUAUUGGGUCCUUUACAAAAGUAUAGUAUAUUUACGUAGGUACCUAAAUAAAUUAUAAUAAAAUUUAUUUUAUUAGUAGUCUGUGCACAACAAAUAAUUGUAAUUUUUACAAAUAAGAUUACUAUUACUUAAAUUUAAUUUAUACAAAUCGACCAUCUGAAAAUAUUCUAAUUCUGAUUAAAACAUUGUAAGUUUUACAAAUCGAUCAAUCAAAUGCCUGUUAUAUUUGUGAUUUGUACAUUAAGGUCUAAAUGUUUUCUUACUGUUUCUAUUUUUUAAUUUUGGAAUAACAUUUUGUUACAUGAUUAUUUUCUCUUUAAAAAAUGUAAUAUGUAUACAGUUAAUAAUUAAUAUAAAAUAAUAUCCUUUAUGUUAUAAAGUAUAAUUAGUAUUUAAAACACUACAAAUAUUGGUUUGUACGUCUUAUUUGCUUGUGUACAUAUUUGGAGUGCCCGUCUAUAUUAGUUAUCAAUUAGUUUCAGUAUUAAAUUUUUUUAUUAAAUAAGUAAUUUAUCAAAUAAUUUUUUAAAAAAAAAAACGUCUUAAUUAUUAUUUUAUAUUUUUGUUUUCUAACAAAAUCGUGAACAAAUACGUUCCUAAUAAUUUAUACUAAAACACAUCAAUUAUACUAGCGUAAUAGAGGUUCGAAAUUAAUAUUUGUGUACAGUAUACCAUAUUAAGAAUGCGUAAGUAAUAUUUAUUGUGUACGGAAGUAUUGUGAAAAUUUAACCCAAUCCCCACUGCUAUCGGUUUAAAUUUAAAAAAAAAAAUGUAAUAUUUAUUGUCAAUAAGUUCAAAUCAUACACAGUUAUAUCUUUUUCUCUACGUAAUUGAUAUUAUUCUUGUGGGUAUCUCUAAUAUUCCUCCAAUUACUUUUUCGCAAUAUAUACAAAAUAACAAAAAUAUUUAAAAAAUCAAGUAUUUGAAUACUGUUAUUUUUGAUGCCUAAUAUGCAUAUGUAAGUGUAUUUGUCCAUUAGUCCUUUAAAAUUUGAGUUUCAGUUAAACAAUUUUGGCUGUACAUAAUAUAAUUUACAAAUUAGCAAACAAAUAAAAUCAGUUUUGCACUUGUAAUAGAAAACCCAUACAGAAAUUCUAUAUUAUACAAAUAAUUUAUAACUACAUAAAAUCCUUAAGACCAUUGUUAUAGAUUAAAACUUUUUUUGCGUUAUUAUUAUUAUCGUAUACCUUGGAACACUACAGUCAAUUUGUGUUAUGUGAACUUAUAAAAUCAUUAUUAUCUAUUUAUUUAUAAUUUUAUAUUAUUAAAAAAUAAUUUAAUUUUUUAAAAUGCUGGGAAACAUUAGUACUCCGUGUAACCGACAAAUUGUUAAAUUGUCCAGUCAACCCAUCAAACUUUUGAUCUGGUUGUUUUGCAAGUAGAGAAGGAACAGUGGACUUGUGGCGCAUCAUUUGUGUGUUGUGACCAACGGUAUGUUAAUAAUAAAAAUUGAUCGUCGAAUGGUUUGUAUAGACAUCGAUCAGUGGGACGACGAUAUUUUGAGUGUCUGGACGCCCCUCUCCAAUAAACGUCAAGGUUGCGCCAUUGAUACCGGUGUCGGUUUAAUAUUUUGUUUUAUUUUAUCGGCAAAUAGCGUGUUCUAUUUUGUUUCUGCGAUACCCGUGUAGCAUAAAAAAUCGAAUUGCUUAUUAUCGAAUACACAAUUGUUUUGGCGAACAAUGACCGUCGAAAACAAACAUAUAGGUACUAAAUAAACGCGAAUUCUGCUAUAAAAUGCAAACGCUACAAGAGAGCUGUUUUGCGGCGUACGCUUGUAAAUAAUUUCAAUAGUACGUGGUAUCUCGGUACACCAGCUAUUACCUACGUAAUAUUACGGCUACGUGACGGGUGUUGUCGUCCCGAAUCUCUGACGUAAACAUUAAAUACAAGGCG